CAAAGUAGGCGGUACAGGCUUUGUUGUUGUUUUUGGUCGUCGACAUAUAUCAUUAUUUUUUUUAAACAGGCCGAGCUCGGAAAGAGUUGGAGUUAUACAUUUAAGGACCCUGACAUCUUUGUCUUGUUGAAGCCGUAACAUAAGGUUUAUUUAUUUAUUUAUUAUUAUUAUUAUUAUUUUUUUUUUACUUUUUAGCUGAAUCCGUCUGCUGAGGAAAAAAUAAAGAUGAGUUGCCAGUACCAGCGCAGUGUUCCGUUCGAGUUCAGGAAAUUGGAGGGAGAAAGAGUUCGUGCCAAACAUCCAGACAAAAUUCCGAUCAUUGUAGAGAGAGCUGCUAGAUCACGUGCCCCUGAACUUGACAAAAAGAAAUACCUUGUUCCAUCAGAGCUGACAGUUGGCCAGCUGUGCUUCCUGAUCAGACAGCGAAUCUCCAUAAGGCCAGAAGAAGCUCUCUUCUUUUUUGUUAAAAAUUCCCUUCCUCCUUCCAGCUGCCCGCUUUCUGUUGUAUAUGAGGAACACCACGAGAAGGACCUGUUCCUGUACAUGACCUACAGCAAUGAGAGUGUGUACGGUGCCUGAGAGGAUCAAAAAGUUGGAAUGGAAGGAUGAGGGACUUUGGCCAAUGAGAGAAUUUGGGGCAUGAUAGAGGAGGGGAUGGAAUUUAAACAGUGGUGUGGUGAUAUUUUUAUUGUUUUACCACUAUUAAUCCAUUUUGUAUGAAUCUAAGCUUACAGCGUUGAACAUCAGAGUGGUUUUGUAGGAUGAAACUGGUUUGUGUUUCAUUACAAUGGGUUUAAUUACAGUUAACAAUGAAAGUAAGGCAUUGCAAUGUAAAUAUAAGUGAGGGAGGGAGAGAAGGGUUGUAAAUGACACACAAAAAAGUUAAUGGGGACAGUUUCAAGAUCGUGGUGCAGUACAAAGUCUUCCCACAAUUCCAUGACCUGUGUCCCAAGAGUGACUCAUCUGUAUUUAAGGAAAAUAUUAUUUUUUGUAAAGGUAUAUGAUAAAUUUUUGCGGUCAAAAAAAAAAAAGAAGACGAAUAUGCA